AUGACACAAUGGAUGACCAGUGAGAAUCAAACAAUGGUUACAGAGUUCCUCUUCUCCAUUUUUCCACAUCUGCAUGAAGGUGGCCUCUUAUUCUUUGUUCCCUUACUUAUUGUCUAUGUAUUUAUCAUAACUGGGAACCUAGUGAUAGUCAUUGUUGUCCAGUUGGACACUGCCCUGCGUACCCCCAUGUAUUUCUUCAUCAGCGUCCUUUCCUUCCUGGAGAUCUGGUAUACCACAACCACCAUCCCCAAGAUGCUCUCCAACCUCGUCAGUGAGCAGAAAACCAUAUCUCUGGCUGGCUGCCUCAUGCAGAUGUACUUCUUCCACUCAUUAGGUAUCACAGAAGGCUGUGUCCUGACAGCAAUGGCCAUUGACAGGUACAUAGCUAUCUGCCAUCCUCUCCGGUACCCAACCAUCAUGACCCCCAGACUCUGUAUCCAACUGACAGCUGGAUCCUGUCUCUGUGGCUUUCUCCUUGUGCUCCCUGAGAUUGCAUGGAUGGCUACACUCCCUUUCUGUGGUUCCAACCAGAUCCAUCAGAUCUUCUGUGACUUCACACCUGUGCUAAGCUUGGCCUGUACAGAUACCUCCCUGGUGGUCAUUGUGGAUGCCAUCCAUGCCGUGGAGAUCCUGGCCUCCUUCCUGGUCAUCGCCCUGUCCUACAUCCGGAUCAUCGUGGUGAUUCUGGCAAUGCCCUCCGCUGAGGGUCGUCACAAGGCCUUUUCCACCUGUGCCGCCCACCUCGCUGUGUUCUUGCUAUUUUUUGGCAGCGUGGCUGUCAUGUAUUUGCGAUUCUCAGCCACCUACUCAGUGUUCUGGGACACAACAAUCGCUGCCACUUUUGUUAUCCUCGCCCCCUUCCUCAACCCCAUUAUCUACAGCCUGAGAAACAAGGACAUGAAAGAUGCUAUCGGGAGGCUUUUACGCAGUCAGAAGAAAGCUGAUAGGGCCGGGAGAUAG